GCUUUUUUGGGCUCAAAACUAGAGGAAUAGUUUGACAACGAUGAUCCUUUGUCCACCACCAACAUGCAGAUUUUCGUCAAGACUUUGACUGGUAAGACUAUCACCCUCGAGGUGGAGUCUUCUGACACUAUUGACAACGUCAAGAGCAAAAUCCAAGACAAGGAAGGUAUCCCUCCUGAUCAACAACGUUUGAUCUUCGCUGGUAAGCAAUUGGAAGAUGGCCGUACCCUUUCCGAUUACAACAUUCAAAAGGAAUCCACCCUUCACUUGGUCCUCCGUCUUCGUGGUGGUAUCAUUGAACCCUCUUUGAAGGCUUUGGCUAGCAAGCACAACUGUGAGAAGCAAAUUUGCCGUAAGUGCUAUGCUCGUCUUCCUCCUCGUGCCACCAACUGCCGUAAGAAAAAGUGUGGUCACACCAACCAACUCCGUCCUAAGAAGAAGCUUAAGUAAAUGCAUACAUUUGGGGUUUGUGUUCUUGCCUUCGUCUUGUCUUGUCAUUUGAAUAGCAAGUCAAAGAAUAUAUUUAAAUGGCACGGUUGUGAAAGCAUGUUCAAAAUCCAUGGUAGUGUACCAGCUCUGAAUAUAUUAGCUAUUUGAGUGGACAUAUUGACAUAACUGUUCGUUCCAG